AUGAGACUGGCCUUCGCCUUGGGCCGGUUUUGUCCACGUCCGGGCUUCCGAGCGCCAGCGAACGGCACCCAAUUCUACUCGACUUUCCGAAGCGCAUUCCGCUCCCGCACCACCCAGCCCGGCCGCCUGCCAUGGCGGCCCAAUCGAUACACGAAACACAAUCUGCGAGCAGGCGGUGCCGGUGCCGCCGCCCUCGGGACGGCCGCCUUCUUUGAACUGUCUGAGAAGGACAACGAGGGCACCGACCAGACGGGCGAGAAGCGCAUGCUCGAGGUCAGCCGCGCCGAGAUCAAGAAGAAGGUGGCCGAUGACGACAGUGGCAUCUUGCGCGUCUGGCAUACCCUCAUGAUUGCCGUGGACGUCUAUCUGUGGGAGCCUCUCUGCACCGGCCUGCGCUUCCUCCACCUCGUCGUCAUCUUUGUGCCCGUUAUCGUUACUGUCCCCGCCCUCUGGCUGGGCAAGCGGCAACCCGAUCGUGACAAUGAACGCAGCGGCACGCUGUGGUGGUAUGGCUUCCUAGUCCAGUCCAUGGAAUGGGCCGGGCCCGCCUUCAUCAAGCUCGGUCAGUGGGCCGCCUCGCGCUCCGACAUCUUCCCCAACGAGAUGUGCGAGAUCAUGUCGAAGCUGCACUCCAACGCCCCGGCCCACUCGAUGCGCGAGACCAAACGCAUCGUCUCGGCCGCCUUCGACGGCCGCCACUUUGACGACAUCUUUGACGAGUUCGACGAGACGCCGCUGGGCGUCGGUGCCAUAGCUCAGGUCUACCGCGCCAAGCUGAAGCCCAACCUCGCCGCGCCUAGCGACAAUGACAUCGCCGCCGAGGGCCCCAAACCGCUCCGCCAAAAGGUCGCCAAGAACGUCGAGGCCGCCCUCAAGAGCACCCCGAGGAGGGUCCCCUCGACCUACGUCGCCGUCAAGGUGCUGCACCCCCGCGUCGAACGGACCGUCCGCCGCGACCUGCGCAUCAUGCACUUCUUCGCCUCGGGCCUCAACCUCAUCCCUACCAUCGAGUGGCUCUCUCUGCCCGACGAGGUCGCCCAGUUCGGCGAGAUGAUGAAGCUCCAGCUCGACCUUCGCAUCGAGGCCGCCAACCUCGCAAAGUUCCGCAAGAACUUCCGCGACCGCACCACCGCCUGGUUCCCUUACCCCUAUACCGAGUUCACCACCCGCAGCGUCUUGGUCGAGGAGUUUGCCCAGGGCAUCCCGCUGGCCGACUUCCUCGAGAACGGCGGCGGCGUCUUCCAGCAGGACAUCGCCUCCGAGGGCCUCGACGCCUUCCUGCGCAUGCUACUGAUCGACAACUUUGUCCACGCCGACCUCCACCCGGGCAACAUCAUGGUGCGCUUCUACCAGUCCCACGAGCCCGAAAUCAAGUUCCGCAGAAAGGGGAACCACGGUCGCGGGGAGCACCCGGGCGACCAGGGCGGCGACGACGACGUCACGGAGCAGGUCCUCGCCCGGCUGCGCCCCUACCGCCAGCGAAAGGACCCGGCCGCCUGGGCCGCCGAGCUCCGCCGCAUCGACAACGAGGGCUUCCGGCCGCAGUUGAUCUUCAUCGACACGGGUCUCGUGACGGAGCUCAACGAGACGAACCGCACAAACUUCCUCGACCUCUUCCGCGCCGUCGCCGAGUUCGAUGGCUACAAGGCCGGCCAACUCAUGUGCGAGCGCUGCCGCCAGCCCGACGCCGUGCUCGACAAGGACGUCUUCGCCCUCAAGAUGCAGCACCUCGUCCUCGGCGUCAAGAGCCGCACCCUCGCCCUCGGCAACAUCCGCAUCGGCGACAUCCUGCAGGAGGUGCUCGGCAUGGUCCGCGGCCACCACGUCCGCCUCGAGGGCGACUUCGUCAACGUCGUCAUCAGCAUCCUCCUGCUCGAGGGCAUCGGACGCAGCCUGAACCCGGACAUGGACCUGCUCAGCAGCUCCCUGCCCAUCCUGCGCCAGCUGAGCGCCCAGAGCGGCGCCCAGAUGGCCAAGCACGGCGACUUCAGCAUGCUGGUCGUCUGGGCCGGCCUCGAGACCAGGCGGUUUUUGCAGGCCAGCAUCGAAGAUGUCGAACGGUGUGUCAAGUACGAUCUCCUGGCACCCAACGUGUAA